GUUAAUGUAUGUCAUUGAGUCUUCUGACCCCACCACAAAGCUUCAAUCAAUUUAUAAAAUGUUACCUACUAUCUACUGAAUAAUAAGCAAUAUAAAUCUGAUGAGACCUGUCUGAAUUGAGUUCAUCUGCUUGAAUUGCCUUGUGUGUUUUACCAAUACACCAAUAGGAUGACAGCUAUUUGAACUUUGUGUAUCAUUUCUAGUGGGAUCUAAUUUAAAUUCUUGUGGUGAUCCUGAGAGUGCGUUUGGAUUCCUUACGAAAUGAUGUCAGUGUACUGAUGGAAGAGUUGUGGUGUUGCGUAGCUCCAUAUUUUAUAUUUAAAACUUUCUUCACAUUAUCCUUCCUAUUUUGUAUACUUAAGCGCCGACAUAACGACCCCAAAAUCCGGAGAUUAAGAUGUACAUAUUUACCUAUAAGUAAAUAGCGUUGAAAUGAAUACGUUGCUUAGUGAGCCGAACCCUGCAAAAGACAAUUUUUAUGAGUUGCUGGGUGUUAGCAAACAUUCAACGGAAGAUCAGAUCCUUUAUGAAUAUCGCAUAAAAGCUAGAGAGCUCCAUCCGGACAAAAAUUCAGAACCAAACUCAGCUUCAUACUUUCAAAAAAUUCAGAAAGCUAAAGAAGUUUUGACUAACCCAAACCUACGCAAUAUGUAUGAUUUCUGGUUGUUCAGCAAUAUAUCUGUUUCCUUUGAACAAUAUCUUGAUUCGCAGAAAAAUUUUGAAGAGUGUAUGCACUGGUAUACUAAUGCUGAUAAAACCCCUCGGAUGUUGGAUAGUACUCCAGACUUUGAUGAGAGUUUUAUGGAGAAAAACAACUCUGAUAAGCUUUCUAGCAUUUUGAAACUCUUUCGUGCAUAUGAAAUCUGAGUAAAAAUUUUUUAAGUUCUAAUACUAUUCUUUGAUU